AUGGCUUCCGACGCCGCCGUCUCCCAAUUCGCUUCCUUCUUCGACCGCCUCCGCCGCGACCGAGAUCUCCCUCCGAUCAUCCCUUUCAUCAUGGGCUUUGCCGUUGCCGGAUCCACGACAGACUCCGAUCAACAGCAAACAGACGAUCGUAGACAGGAGCGUGUUAAUAGACUCGUCGUCAUCAAUCGCGAGGAGCAGAACAUGGUGGUGAUUGAGAGCGGCUCCGGCGGAAUCGACUCUCUGAUGCGCGCAUUGGCCAAGGACGGCCACCCACCGACGUCCAAAGCCUCCAUCGCCGCCAUGCCGACGGUGACGGUUGUGGAAAGCAGCCGCGAGUAUCCGAUUUGCCUCGACCAGUUUGAGGUCGGCGGAGAGGCCAAAGAGAUGCCUUGCAGUCAUUUGUUUCAUGGGGAUUGUGUGGAGAAGUGGUUGAAGGUUCAAGGGACUUGCCCGGUUUGCCGGUUCAAGAUGCCGGCCGACGAGGAAGAAGAGCCGGAGAAGAAGAAUGAGCCUGGAAUUUCUGUCAGCAUCUUUAUAAGGGCAACAAGUGAAGAUUCAGAUCGAACUGGUGAUUUGCAUGAUUCGAUUCCAAGUGAAGCAGCAGUUGAUGAUGAUGGUGAUCAUAUGCAGAGUUAG